AUGUCAAGACCAAAUUUCACAGCUAUAAGUGAAUUCACCUUUGAGGGGUUUUCCAGCUUCAAGUGGCAGCACCGGCUCAUUCUUUUUGUGGUCUUUCUGGGCCUAUAUUUGCUGACUCUGGCUGGUAACGGCAUAAUCGUAACCAUUAUUCGCCUUAACCAUCACCUUCACAUACCUAUGUAUUUCUUCCUGAGUGUGUUGUCAAUCUCUGAGACAUGUUAUACCUUGGCCAUAAUUCCCCGUACAUUGUUAGGCCUCCUCAGACCACACCAACCCAUUGCCAUCCCAGAAUGUGCUACACAACUCUUUUUCUAUCUCACCUUUGGCAUCAACAACUGCUUCUUGCUCACAGUCAUGGGUUAUGAUCGCUACGUAGCUAUCUGUAAGCCUUUGAGGUAUACAGUCAUCAUGGGAAAACACGCAUGUAUUCAGUUGGCAUGUGCAUGGGGAAUUGGCCUUGGAAUGGCCAUUGUUCAGGUAACUUCUGUGUUUGGCCUCCCAAUGCCAAGACCAAAUUCCACAGCUAUAAGUGAGUUCACCUUUGAGGGAUUCUCCAGCUUCAAGUGGCAGCACCAGCUCAUUCUCUUUGUGGUCUUUCUAGGUCUGUACUUUAUGACACUGACUGGCAAUGGCAUCAUUGUGACCAUCAUCCACCUUGACCAUCAUCUCCACAUACCUAUGUAUUUCUUCCUGAGUGCAUUGUCCAUCUCUGAGACAUGCUAUACAUUAGCCAUCAUUCCUCGUAUGCUGUGGCUUCUAAGACCACACCAACCUAUUGCCAUCCCAGAAUGUGCUACACAGCUAUUCUUUUAUCUUAUGUUUGGCAUCAAUAAUUGUUUCUUGCUCACAGCUAUGGGUUAUGAUCGUUAUGUGGCUAUCUGCAAUCCUUUACGGUAUUCAGUCAUCAUGGGGAAGAGUGCUUGUGCUCAGCUGGCAUGUGGAUCAUGGGUAAUUGGCCUUGGAAUGGCCAUUACUCAAGUAACAUCUGUGUUUUGCCUCCCCUUCUGUGAUGCCAGUGUCAUCUCCCACUUUUUCUGUGAUGUCCGGCCUCUCCUAAAGCUUGCCUGUGUUGACACCACUGUCAACGAGAUCAUUAAUUUUGUUGUCAGUGUGUGUGUCCUUGUAUUGCCCAUGGGCUUAGUCUUUAUCUCCUAUGUCCUAAUUAUCUCUACUAUCCUCAAGAUUGCCUCAGCUGAAGGCAGGAAGAAGGCUUUUGCCACAUGUGCCUCCCACCUUACUGUAGUCAUCAUCCAUUAUGGCUGUGCUUCCAUCAUUUACCUCAAACAGUCCCACAGCUCUCUUGAGCAAGACAGACUUAUUUCAGUGACCUAUACUGUCAUUACCCCCUUGCUGAACCCUGUUGUAUACAGUCUAAGAAACAAGGAAGUCAAGGAUGCUCUGCGAAGAGCUCUGGGCAAGAAACCCCUUUCCACUUAA